AUGACCCCAUUCUUCGGUAGAGUACGGGCGGCUGUCUCACGCCGGGGAAAGCGAGCAUCCUCAUUCAAUAUAGGACCCAGGGAGUCACUCUGGAAGCGAAUUCCGGUUAAUGUUCUUGUGGUGCUGCUAGCGUUCUGUGAGAUCGACGAUAUUGCUAGUCUCACUCUGACCUGUCGGUUAUUGCACCACCGGAUUUCAAAGAAUGAAUUCAUGAUCGCACAGACAUAUCUCAACCGACGCAGGCAGAAGUGGACCAGGCAAAACGAAGAUGAUGCUGGCCUUUCGCCAGGUGAUGAUUUAACCUUUAUCUCCGAGCUUUUCCCACCCCCACCGCCUCAAUAUGCUGUGGGCGAGCACUACCACGGUGAUGCCGAGUAUUCACUGGCAUAUCUCGCCGAUCUCAAGAGAUGUUGGACGACCUGCAUACAGCUAUCCUAUUACCUGGCCGAUCAUGCAGUUCGCCAUCAUCUAGAGACAGACGCCAUUGCGCGCCCACUCUGGCUUUCGUCCAAAACGGAGAAGGAAUUUAUUUACAGUAAAGCUGUGGAAGCAACCCAAGCAAAACUUCUACAUUCUGUGGCUUACGCCAUAUUCUUUCUCGAGUCCUCUGCAGCCGAGGGCCCAGUAUGGGAUAUACCUGUAUCUGACCAGCUUAUCAAUCUCUCUAGCUCUGUUGGAAAACAACAAAAGAUCCUCGAAGGACCACCAUUCAACGAUACGCAAAUUCUUAUUUCGACUCAGCACUGCAUGCAACUGCUAUGCUCUACUGUCCGACGACUCAUGAACCCAGAUUUCCCCUAUUCCUCCUCGGAAAGCUGGAUGAGUCUUCUUCUUUUAACAUCGACCUUGGAGCGCGUCGUUCAAUUCUUCAAAGCAGUCGCAAUGGACGAAGAUAAGAAGGAUAGAAUGUCACCACACUCAGGUUGGUCCCACCGCAAAGAGUUCAUGUGGCAGAUGCGCGAUGAUCUAGGUCACUACCUAGCUUCCACCGGUCUGUCCACUACCGGUCUACCAGCGAUCCAACCGAAACUUGAUCAUAUUUGGUUUGGCGCUGCGUAUCGCGAAUUGGCCGAGCGAGGAGCAAUCCCGCAUUUGGCCGAUGAACCAGUUCCCAUCCUUCAUGGAUCUACAAUAGACCUCCGCUGUAUACAUUGCUGGGAGGAGGGCUAG